GCCAAGUUAAUUAAGGUUCUGGCUCUCUCUUUGUGUCUGGUCUUAAUUUCUCUCCAAGCUUGUCAAAGAUUUUGUCAACCAAGAAAAAUGGGUGCUUCUCUUCCAGCAUCAUCGACAUUAUUUGUUGUGGUUUUUUUCUUUGCCAUUAACUCUCUCUCGGUCUUUCCUGAGGUUUCUGUUGCAAAGCAUGCAGGCGUUACAAGGCACUACAAAUUUGAUAUAAGGUUGCAAAAUGUCACCCGAUUUUGCCAAUCAAAGAGCAUGGUGACAGUUAAUGGGAUGUUCCCCGGGCCUCAAGUUUUUGCCAAAGAAGGUGACAGAUUGGUAGUUAAGGUGGUCAAUCAUGUUCCAAACAACAUCAGCAUCCAUUGGCAUGGAAUCAGACAACUCAGGAGCGGAUGGUUUGAUGGGCCAUCAUAUAUAACACAAUGCCCUAUUCAAACUGGGCAGAGUUAUGUGUACAACUUCACCAUUGUUGGCCGAAAAGGAACUCUCUUCUGGCAUGCCCACAUCUCAUGGCUUAGAGCUACCGUCUACGGACUCCUUAUCAUCCUCCCCAAGCGGAAUGCAUCCUACCCUUUUGCCAAACCACACAAGGAGGUCCCCAUCAUGUUUGGAGAGUGGUGGAAUGUUGAUCCAGAGGCAGUUAUCAGCCAGGCUCUUUAGACUGGAGCCGGUUCAAAUAUUUCCGAUGCCUACUCCAUUAAUGGACUACCCGGACCUUUGUACAAUU